ACUACAUUAUGGGAUACGCAGUCGGGGGAUGUGAAAGACGUAAACAGGAAAGUUGUGGGGGGAAAACAUCUUGCGUGUGUCGAACCCUUUCAAAAUCACAGAAAAAGAGGUCAAACAACAUUCUCAAAAGCCUUGGCUGGAUUGACAUCUACCCAAAAUGGCCAUGAAGUCCUGCAUUGCUUCUCGUCUCAAGGAUGAUGAUGAAGUAAAUCAGGAAGUUCCAUCCAACUUUAACUCCCAACCCCCAGUGUCUGUUGAAACCCGGUCCCCUGACUGCCUUCCCCCCAUCUCCUGGCAACCAGUGUCCAAUAGCCGCCGCACCCCGCCACCCCCACCCCAACCCCUCCCUACAUCCAAACAGAGCGAGGAACACAACUGGCAAGCCACACAGACUUCAGUGCGAGAGAGAAAUGCAGUCAUGUUCAACAAUCCUCUCAUGGCUGACAUCCAUUUUGUAGUUGGAACUGAACCAGUGGUUGAGAAAAUACCUGCCCAUAAGUAUGUACUUGCUACAGGAAGCUCAGUGUUUUUUGCAAUGUUCUUUGGAGGCCUUGCUGACAAGACUGAGGAAAUAAUCAUCCCUGAUGUAGAGCCAGUAGCUUUUAGGAACCUGCUCAGGUAUCUCUACUGUGAUGAAAUUAAACUUGAAGCUGACAUUGUUCUGUCGACUCUGUACGCUGCCAAGAAGUACAUAGUUCCUCAUCUAGCCAAGGCUUGUGUCCGUUUCCUUGAGACGAGUCUCAGUGCUCGCAACGCUUGUGUCCUUCUGAGCCAAGGUCGCCUGUUUGAAGAGGUGGAACUUAUGCAGAGAUGUUGGGAGGUUAUAGAUGCUCAGGCAGAGGAAGCCCUAAAGUCUGACGGGUUCACAGACAUAGAUUAUAAGACCCUUGAAACUAUACUCAGUCGGGAAACCUUAAAUGCUCAAGAAAUCCAUAUCUUCUCUGCUGUGUCCCGCUGGGCUGAAGCCGAAUGUCGACGUCAGGAACAGGAUGUAACUCCAGAUAACUGUCGCUUGGUGCUAGGGUCUUGUCUCAAUCUGAUCCGCAUGCCAGCUAUGACGAUUGAGGAGUUUGCAAAUGGGCCAGCACAGUCCAGAAUACUCACACUAGAAGAAACCAAUGAUCUUUUUCUUCAUUUCACUGCUCGUGUGAAACCUAAGCUUCCCUUCAACAGAAAACAUCGCAAAGGACUUGAGCAGUAUAGGGUUCACCGGUUUCAGUCUUCUGCUUAUCGCAGCAACCAGUGGAGGUACAGGGGGCGUUGCGACAGCAUCCAGUUUGCAGUUGAUCGCAGAGUCUUUGUAGCUGGAUUUGGACUGUAUGGCUCCAGCAAUGGGGCCUCGGGGUAUCAAGUCAAAAUAGAACUGAAAAGAAAUGGUCUAAUUCUUGGUCAAAAUUUAACCCGAUUUAAAUCUGAUGGAUCGAGUAACACAUUUCCUGUGAUAUUUGACAACCCAAUCCAGGUAGAGCCAGAUAUCUAUUACACGGCCAGCGCGGUGUUGGACGGUGCCGAGCUCAGCUACUUUGGUCAAGAGGGACUUGCGGAGAUGCAGUGUGGCAAGGUCACAUUUCAGUUCCAGUGUUCCUCGGAUAGCACAAAUGGGACUGGGGUGCAGGGGGGACAGAUACCAGAGCUUAUAUUCUACUGCUGACAAUCGCUUGCCAUUAGAAGAAUAACUAACCAUCUAUCAUACCUUAAGAUAUAAUAUACAUACAGGCUUCAACACUGCUCUAUAGGGCAUGCCUAGCUGAAAGGACCAGUAGUGUUUUUAAAUUGCAUAAACUGGUCUGAAGUGAAUUGCAGACUAGAUGGAUGUAGCUCCUUGUGUCUACCCAUAAAGUGGUAAGAUCUAUUGAAUAUCAAGUAUUUCUGAAUCUCUUUAGUACAGUGCCUGGCAAUCCUGCUCUAAUUUAUCAUUGUGUCCAUCAUUGUGCAGAAGAUCUGAGCAUGCACAGUGAUCAGUUAGCAACAAGCAGUAUCAGAAGCUAGCACUAUUCAGCACUAUCAAGCUUUAUAAUGGUUAAGUGUUCGAAAUCUAUGGGGGAGUGGCCUUGAGGUCGUAUGGUAGUAUUUGAAUCUAGGUACCCCCUAAAUCUUCAACUUUUACCAUAAGGGUCAUGACAAGGAACCCUUCAAACAGUUUUUGUGAGAGAAUUGCAGGGAGAUGUAAGAUGUAAGUGCACAAAUAGACCAAAACCAGUCCCCCUGUCUCCAAUAGGUUCAGUACAAUGAGGAUCAGUCACCGUCCCCAGCAUGGGCUUCACAUGUUCCUGUUUCAUGUAUAAAUGUCUGCAAGUUACUUUGUUGUGCAGGUGCCCCUCAAGUAUUGUCCCAGGGUAUUACUAUUAAUGUGAUGUCCAUGUGUUGCCCCUGAUGUCUCAUCUGCUAUUAAUGUUGUUGAAAUGGCUUGCAGCAGACUGUUUACUGUUGGUUAGAGACUUUAUGAAGUACCUGCUUCCGUGUUGCAGCAUCGACACAUUCAUUGGGUGGCCUAGUGCUGGACACUAGACCUCGUAAGACACUGUGUGAUACUUAGUAACUGUAUGCAUAUUACCUGAUUACAAGAUAUAUUUCAAACAGUGCCAUAAUUACUUAGAGACCUGGAUAUUUUGAAUGUCACAAAUCAUGAAUAUUGCAUCCGGAAGAGGGGUCAAUAUGAAUCAUAAUGACCUUAGUCUUAAGGUAUAGAAGUUAUACAAAUUCAAAAGUUGAGUCUUGGUUCAUGAUAAUAGCAACAAAAUACAUUUCAUCCAACACUUGAACUGUUGUAUGAAAACACAGAAGUUGUCAGUCUGCAACUUUAGCCACUAGGCCGUAGCCCGAGUCUAGUGAAAAUCAUUUUGGUCUAUUAACAUCGACAAAUAAUAGUUUGUUUGAUAAUAUUAAAAUUUACUAAAAAUGAUGCCAAAAGCCAAGUUUGGCACAGACUGGGCUCUACCCCAGUAAAUGACUGAGAUGGUAAGGUGUGUGCAUGCUGCUAUGCUUCCUAGUAUUUGUUAUUUUGUGUUCCAUGUUGGUAAUCAUGAUAAGCGCUGAACAAUCCUGUUCCUUUUCUCAGAGCACCAAUUACAUUUGAGAGGCAUUUUGUUUUGUCAUUGAUCACAUAUGGCCAAUUAGUCGACAAUCAGGCCAUGAGAAAUGGGGAAUGAUUAUACAAGCCCUCAUAUUUUACCCAACCUACCCUGUCCUUCAAAAGAAUUAUGUUUUGAAACGACAAUCAUUUUGAAGUUGUUACCUACAUGACCUACGUCCAGUGAAAAUAUCAACAGAAGUCAAGUUUAUCCCUGAAGGUUAAAACCCUGAUAGACUGUACUACUGAUUUGUUAGUAUAUGAGAAAUAAAGAUUUUUUUAUUGA